UUGGCAGCGGUUUAGUUUGAGUCAAACGGGCAUUCGGAAAACAUGUUGAGUUUCAAUCGCGUUCUGGUCGUCAAUGUGAUCGCGUUGGCACUUGGUAAUUUUGGUGCUGUGGAAGCCCAGGCCGGAACGGUGCACUGGAACAAUGGGAAUGCGGCCGGUGUGGGCGUCUAUUCGAACGCCCAGUCCAGCGGGAUGCAUCCGCCGGGCAGUCUGAGUGGCCAGGAUCCGCAGUUCAGCUACGGAUAUGCCGGCAUCGAUUCGCGUGGCUCCUACGGCGGAGCGGGCGGUAAUGGAGCCUACUACGUGGGCGGCACUGACGAGCACGGUCGCCCCUUCUCCUACGGCAACCAGGUGGGCCAGCCCGGACAGCCGGGCUACAUGGGCGUACGGCCGGAUCCCAGCUACCCGGGAUCCUAUGGCUACCAGAAUGGAGGAGCAAUCAUCGCCAGCUCGCUGGGCGCCACCGUGACCAUAGCACUUGGAUUGGCCUUGGUCGGCAUGAGACGUUGAUGCGGUUGCAGCGUGGGAUCUUUUUUUUUAAUUAGUUUGUAAGCUUAAUUUAUGGAAAGUUUCUUCAUAAAAUACAAAAACUUAAGAUCA